AUGGCAACUGGACAACUCUUCUCUCGCUCAACUCAAGCUUUGCUUUACAACUACAAGCAACUUCCAAUCCAGAGCAUGCUUGAUUUUGAUUUCCUUUGUGGAAGGGAAACACCAUCAGUUGCAGCAAUAAUCAAUCCUGGUUCAGAGGGAUUCCAGAAGCUCUUUUUCGGUCAGGAGGAAAUUUCCAUCCCAGUGCAUGCAAGCAUUGAAGCAGCUUGUGCUGCACAUCCCACUGCCAAUGUCUUCAUCAAUUUUGAAUCAUUUAGAAGUGCUGCUUCAUCAUCCAUGGCCGCUUUGAAGCAACCAACUAUUAGAGUUGUUUCCAUUAUUGCUGAAGGUGUUCCUGAGGCAGGCACUAAGCAAUUGAUUGCAUAUGCACAAGCAAACAAUAAGGUUUUUAUUGGCCCUGCCCCUAUUGGAGGCAUUCAAGCUGGUGCUUUUAAGAUAGGUGACACAGCUGGAAAAAUUGACAAUAUUAUUCAAUGCAAGCUGUACAGGCCUGGAUCUAUUGGCUUUGUUUCUAAAUCCGGUGGGAUCUCCAAUGAAUUAUACAGCACAAUUGCACGUGUAACUGAUGGAAUUUAUGAAGGCAUUGCCAUUGGAGGGGAUGUUUCCCACAGUUCCACACUUUUUGAUCAUAUCUUAAGAUUUAACAACAUUCCACAGGUUAAAAUGAUUGUUGUACUUGGAGAACUUGGUGGGCGUGAUGAAUAUUCCCUAGUGGAAUCACUAAAACAAGGGAAAGUGACCAAACCAGUUGUGGCCUGGGUCAAUGAAGCCUGUGUGCAACUCUUCAACUCAGAAGUAAAAUUUGGUCAUACUGGAGCUAAAAGUGAUGGAGAGAUGGAGUCUACUCUAGCAAAGAAUCGAGCAUUAAGGGAAGCAGGAGCUGUUGUUACCACUUCUUUUGAAGCUUUCAAAGACGCUAUAAAGGAAACGUUUGAGAAAUUGGUUGGAGAAGGGAAGAUCACACCAGUGAAGGAGUUUACUCCUGCACAGGUCCCUGAGGACCUUAACUCUGCAAUUAAGAGUGGAAAAGUCCGUGUUCCAACUCAUAUUAUUUCCACAAUCUCUGAUGAAAGGGGAGAGGUGCAAUGCUAUGCUGGUGUGCCCAUGUCUUCCAUUAUUGAAAUGGGUUAUGGUGUGGGUGAUGUUAUCUCUCUUUUGUGGUUCAAACGCAGUCUUCCUCGUUAUUGUACACAAUUUAUUGAGAUCUGCAUCAUGAUGUGUGCUGACCAUGGUCCUUGUGCCUCUGGUGCUCACAACACAAUAGUGACAGCAAGAGCUGGGAAGGACCUUAUUUCCAGUCUUGUAUUAGGUUUGCUCACUAUUGGUCCUCGAUUUGGCGGUGCCAUUGAUGAUACUGCACGCUACUUCAAGGAUGCUUAUGAUAGGGGUCUUACACCUUAUGAUUUUGUUGAAGGCAUGAAAAAGAAGCACAUUCGUGUGCCAGGAAUUAGGCAUAGGGUCAAGAAUAGGGACAACAAAGAUAAGAGAGUUGAGCUUCUGCAGAACUUUGCACGCGCUCAUUUUCCUUCUGUGAAAUACAUGGAAUAUGCUGUUCAAGUUGAAACCUACACCCUCUCAAAGGCAAAUAACCUGAUUCUUAACAUAGAUGGUGCAAUUGGAUCUCUCUUUUUGGAUCUACUUGGUGGUAAUGGGAUGUUCACCAAGCAAGAGAUUGAUGAAAUUGUGGAAAUUGGCUAUCUGAAUGGAAUCUUUGUACUAGCUCGUUCCAUUGGUCUGAUUGGGCAUACUUUUGACCAAAAGAGACUGAAACAACCACUCUAUCGCCACCCAUGGGAAGAUGUUCUCUACUUAAAGUGAGAGGGUUAUGUGUGUCCAUGAGAAAU